CCAAACGUUGAUAUUGCAAUGAUAGUGGAGUUCUGCUAUUUUGUUACACUGCUGUGUUACACUCGACAUUCAAAUUCAGUUUGCUGUCACCUUACACGCUGGGGUCUGGUGUUGGCUUCUGAACAUGAAACGCGUUUGGUGGCUAAUUUAUUCCAAAGAUAUAACAAGGUGAUUCGUCCAGUGGAGAAUCACAAGCAUUGUGUGAAUGUCACAGUGGGUCUGCAGCUGAUUCAACUCAUCAAUGUGGAUGAAGUAAAUCAAAUUGUGGAAACAAAUGUGCGCCUCAGGCAGCAAUGGGUUGACGUGAAGCUUCGCUGGACUCCAGAGGACUAUGGUGGAAUUAAAAAGAUCAGGGUGCCUUCUGCAGAUAUUUGGCUACCAGAUAUAGUUCUGUACAACAAUGCUGAUGGUGAUUUUGCCAUUGUUCAAAUGACCAAAGUCCUUUUGGAACAUACAGGAAAAAUAAUCUGGACACCUCCAGCAAUUUUCAAAAGCUACUGUGAAAUUAUUGUAACACAUUUCCCAUUUGAUCAACAAAAUUGUAGCAUGAAGCUGGGAAUCUGGACAUAUGAUGGUACAAAAGUUUCCAUAUCCCCGGAAAGUGACCGGCCUGAUUUGAGUACCUUUAUGGAGAGUGGAGAAUGGGUAAUGAAAGAUUACCGUGGAUGGAAGCACUGGGUGUACUACACCUGCUGUCCUGAUACUCCUUACCUGGACAUCACCUACCACUUCAUCAUGCAACGCAUCCCUCUGUAUUUUGUUGUGAAUGUCAUCAUUCCUUGUCUGCUCUUUUCAUUCUUAACCGGAUUAGUAUUUUACUUGCCAACUGAUUCAGGUGAAAAGAUGACUUUGAGUAUUUCCGUUUUGCUGUCUCUGACUGUGUUCCUUCUGGUUAUUGUUGAGCUGAUUCCUUCAACUUCCAGCGCUGUGCCUUUGAUUGGCAAAUACAUGCUUUUUACAAUGAUUUUUGUCAUCAGUUCAAUCUUCAUUACUGUUGUUGUAAUUAAUACUCAUCAUCGCUCUCCAAGUACACAUACAAUGCCAUACUGGGUACGGAAGAUUUUUAUUGAUACUAUACCCAAUGUCAUGUUCUUCUCAACAAUGAAGCGAGCAGCUAAGGAGAAGCAAGAUAAACAGAUAUUUACUGAGGACAUUGAUAUAUCGGACAUUUCUGGAAAGCAAGUAUCAGGAGGUGCAGUUUUCCAUACACCUUUAAUUAAAAAUCCAGAUGUCAAAAGUGCUAUUGAGGGAGUCAAAUAUAUUGCAGAGCACAUGAAGUCUGAUCAGGAAUCAAACAAUGCUGCAGAAGAAUGGAAAUUUGUUGCAAUGGUGAUUGAUCAUAUUCUGCUGGGUGUCUUCAUGCUGGUUUGUAUUAUAGGUACAGUUAGUGUGUUUGCUGGCCGUCUCAUUGAACUCAAUCAGGAGGGCUAAAUCUUCAUCGUGUGCAAACAAUGCAAUACUGGAAUUGGAGAUGGAUAUCCCUCCAUAGAAAAGAUGCAUAGGUUUUUUGUUGCAAUUGUAGUCUGUUUUAUGAAAUAUAUAGAUGGUUUUGUUUUACAAAUGAAAUAUACUUUGGUUAAAUGAAUAUGUAAAAAUGUAAUUAAUAAAUCAUGAACAAUGAUUAGUGAAGAAUAUUAUUAUGAAAAAUACCUGAAACAUGUAAUAGGUUGAACAAUGUUAUAGUUUUAGGUUGAUUAUUGUCAUAUGUACUAAGGUACAGUGAAGAGCUUUGUUUAAUUGCUAUUGAAACAGGUCAGAUAUGCCAUACAUAGAUACAAUUAGUUUCAAACUGAAGUACAAUAGAUUGAGCAAAGGGGAAGAUACAGAGUGCAAAAUGUUGUUCUCAGCAUUGUAGUCCAUCAAUUCAUUCGA